AUGGCCCAGGACAAAGGAUCGAGCAAAAGCAUCGCGCGCCAGUCGGGCCGCAAGUCCGGCAGCGGCGUGCGGGCUUCCGUGUCUACAAGCGGACCUGGAGCGCGGUAUAGCCGGCUCUCGAGCCGCGUAUCGCGGAUAACCGGCACGAAGAAGGGACAGCAGACCGGGGAGGACGGCAAGAUCAUCGUCAUCGACCCGGUGACCGGUGUGGAUGCUACGCCCAAGCCCCUUCUCAGCGCCGCACCGGACGAGACCGCGAGCGGCCACCAGCCAAGCAUCCCGGCCGCGGAGGACCAGCGCGGCUCGUUCACGGAAAUCGGCGCGGGAGGCGCGAGGUCCAGCCUCCCGUCCGCAGCGCUCCUCCUCGGCGACCAGGCCGACGACGUCCGCCCGACGCCCGACCGCGCGCCCUCCGGCGCCCUCGCCGCCGGCGCCUCCCGCCGCGGCGCCGCGGCGAAGCCCAAGCCCACGGCCGUCGUGUCAGCCAUCCACGAACUCUACCUGCAAGAUUCUGACCUGGAUGCGCUCGUCGGCAUCCAGCUGUCCGAGACGCCGACGAUCGACAUGUUCGAGCAGAUCCCGCGCGUCGUGUCGGUCGAGUCGGCGGAGGGCCGCGAGGUCCGCGCGCGCAACGAGGCGUACCAGAAGCUGUUGGAGGGCAAAGUUGGGAGCGACAAGUACAUCAACAACGAGACGCAGACGAUCAACGGGCUGGAGAAGUCGCGGCUGGCGCAGUGCGACCCCGUGCAGUUCUCGAACGCGGGGUCGCAGGCGCAGGGGCAGGACAUUGAGCGGGAGCUGGGGCGGGUGGCGACGCGCACCGAGACGCUCGAGGCGCCGAACACGAGGAUGAAGCUCGUGGUGAACACGUUCGAGAACGUGCAGGACACGAGCGCGCUCGGGCUGUCCGGCGGCGGGUCGGGCAUGAGCACGGACGGCCGCGCCAGCCGCGGGGGGGGCUCCACGAUGAGCAUGAGUAUGAGCAUGGGCGCGCACGGGAGCAUGUUCGGGAGCAUGAUGGCGAUGGGCAAGGGCAAGGGCAAGCCCAAGGUGCCGCAGCAGGAGUCGCGCACCACCGUCGCCGUGUCCUUCAUGCCGGACGACUCUAUCAUACUUUCAGAGCUUCCGGGGAUCGCCGAGGCGGUGCGCAUGGUGGAGUGCGCGGUGGCGCAGAACAAAUGCCACUCGGAGAUCCUGUCGUACCACGACGUGCGCGCGCCGGCGGCGCUGCCGCGGCUGGACGACGGGCCGACGCCGGACGCGUCUGUGCGGCCGGGAGACGACGCGUCGAACGCCGAGCUGGGGACCGCGCCGUCGAUGCACGCCGAGAAGUCGGAGCUGCUCCCGCAGCCCAGCGAGCUCGGGCCGCCGAGCCGAAUGGAGAGCAGUCUGCACGACGUCCAGGGCUCGAGCAAGCGUGGCAAGGGGGCCGGGGAGGGCAAGCCGCUGAGCAGGCAGACGUCGAUGGAAUCGGACAUGUUCAGCAUGGUGGGCGGGCGCGCGGGCAUGGGUCAGAUGAAGCUCCUGUGGACGAACGCGUGCGCGGCGACGGAGGGCCUCAACGUCACGUCGCUGGCGUUCAACCGCGCCGAGGCCGGGAUCCUCGCCGCGGGGCACGGCCAGCACCAGUUCGACUCCGGCGCGGAGCAGAUCGUCGCGAACCCGAGCGCGACGACGGACCAGACGGCGGACCGCGUGGACGAUGGCGGCAAGGACGAGCACGGCGGGCUGGUGGCGCUGUGGUACCCGAGCUCGCACAACUGGCCGCGGCACAUCAUCCGCACUGCGACGGGCGUCACGGCGCUCGACUUCUCCCGGCGGUACCCCAACAUCCUCGCCGUGGGGCUGUACAACGGCGCCGUCGCCAUUUACGACGUGGCCAACCGCGGGACGUCGCCGGUGAUGAUCGCGAACCACCAGUCGGGGCAGCACACGGAGCCCGUGUGGCGGCUCGUGUGGGUGGACUUCGGGGACCGCGGCGAGGCGCUCGUGUCGAUUUCCACCGACGGCCGCGUGACGCGGUGGUCCACGGCCAAGGGCCUCGAGCACACGGACCUCAUGCGGCUCAAGAAGGUCGCGAGCCCGCUGCAGCAGGCGUCGAAGCGCGCCACGGCGGGCCAGGAGGCGUUCAUUUCCAGGCGGGCGUCGGGGAUGUCGCUCGACUUCUCCACGCGCGACCCCUCGAUAUACCUGGUGGCGACCGAGGAGGGUUCGAUCCACCGGUGCUCGACGAGCUACUCGGAGCAGUACCUGGAGUCGUUCUGGGGCCACAUGGGUCCCGUGUACCGCGUGCAAUACUCCCCCUUCCUCCAGGGGGUGUUUUUGUCCGCGUCGGCGGACUGGACGAUCCGGCUGUGGCGCGAGGGCAAGCCCGAGGCGCUCCUGACGUUCUCGUCCGGCACGGUGCAGAUCAACGACGUCGCGUGGUGCCCCAGCAACUCGACGAUCUUUGCCGCGGCCACGGCGGGGGGGAGUCUCGAGCUCUGGGACCUCGCCGUGUCGACGCUCAAGCCGAUCGAGCGGUUCCAGACGGGCCUGGGGUCCUCGCUCACGUCGGUGCAGUUCUCGCCCGCGCACCCGAUCGUCGUGUGCGGUGGGUCGUCUGGCGAGGUCAGCGUUCUGCGGCUGUACGAGAUCGCGGCGUCCGGGACGCCGGAGGAGCAGGCGCAGCGGCUGGAGGACGUGGUGACGCGCAACGUGAUGAAGGCGCGCGCGCGGAAGGGCGUGCUGGACAAGGAUGCGGCGGAGAAGGCUGUCGAGGGGGAAAAGUAG